AUGCAACAACAAAACCAAAGACAACAACCAAAUGCAACUCAACUGAUAGUCAACCGCUGGUAAGCAAAGCAACCCUUUUUGUUUCUCAUCUGUAAAUGAGUUUCUCAUUGUCCUAUAAUGAAAUCUUCACUAAAAAGGUGACAUUCAAGACAAUAUUUGCCUCAUGGAACAAAGCAAAAAGGAGAUCAACCGAAAAAAAAGCCCAUCUCAUUGUAGUCUGAUAUAUUUUUUUAAGUCAGCUAAAAACUUGAAGUACAGAAAGAACCCAGGAAGAGCCCUCUCGAUCAACAUUUAUCACCCAUUUGAGCCAUCAAAGUUACAAUUUGCUUAGCAAGUUGUUCAAUUCCAGACAAAAGAUUGACCUCAGUAUUUUUAUUUGCUUCACAAGUGUUUUUGAAUAAAAACAAAAGCCAGGUAUAAACAAAUUAGGAACAAUUUUCUCAAUGUUGAAGCCUUUUCUGCAAGCUUGCCUUUUCAAAUACUGGAGACAUCUGGAGCAAUACCAUCAACCUAACAGCCAAACUGGACUCAACCAUGAAAGAGAACCUAAAGUUGGAUGGAAGAAGACACUAAAGUUUGCACAUUUGUCAAUACAUGAUUGGGGAGAAGGCAAUGGAUUAAUUUUUCUUUUCAUUGCAGGAUGAACAAGUCAAGCCAAGACAACUGCUCUUACAAUGUGCCUGAAAUGUGUCCAGACAUUGGACCAAUUCAACCUUCAUGUGUCGAAUGGACCAAUCUUGGUGCUGAUCCAGCUCUGUGCAGGUGCUGGAUGAAUCAGAACUGGAGCAACUUAAAGUGGGAAGAAUUCAGGAGUUCUUUAAAAAAAAUCUUAUUAUUUUUUAAUAAAUAUUUUUCAAAGAGCAGUGGUGUCAAGUUAUUAUGUUUUUUAAAAUAUUGUUAAAAUACAGUUUAUGUCUGCCUUCAAAAUGUAUGAAUGUUUUAAACUGGUUUUGUAAAAAUUAUUUUAACGGACCAAUAAGAGGUAGGCCUAGAUUGUUUUUAUGGUCGGGUUUAGCAAAGUUGUCCCCAUCCUGCAAAUGUAAAUAUUCAUAAAACUCAUAAACACUGAACAUACCUAUUUUGCUUUUAUUUUACAUGCUCGCUAAUUUGACUGCGUUAUUACCAAAUACACAUUUUUAUUCUGGAUUAGGUUUCCCCUCUUGCAUGAUGUGAUGAACACCAAACAUAUUAGUUUUCUGAGCCUUACUUCCUGUGAUAAAGUCAACUUGCAGGAAACGUGUUGUUGAGGUUCCUGUAUACCAGUAGGGGUGAUCAUCAGUUCUGCGUCCUGAACUGCGUCGCCUCUCCCCCCACACAGCCUUUUUUUUAACUUGCAGAAGUGCGGAUGUGAGCUGCAUAUUGAUACCUACGGAACAGGCCGCCAGUUUUCUUGUAGCUAUGCGGGCUUAAGAAAUGGUCGUUCUGCGGAGCUAUGAAUCCCGAAGAGCAGACGGUAACGUGGUUGAUAUCGCUGGGAGUGCUCAGCUCGCCCAAGAAGAACAUAGCGGACCCGGAGGAGUUUCUGAAGACAUCACUCAAGGAUGGGGUCGUCCUGUGCAAGCUCACGGAGCGGCUCAUACCUAGCUUCACUCCCAAGUAUUGUCAGGAUCCCAGAACUGAAAGCGACUGCAUUUCCAACAUUAAGGAGUUUUUAAGAGGAUGCUCGUCCUUGAAAGUUGAGGGUUUUGAACCAGAGUGGUUAUACACUGGGGAGAACUUUGGCAAAGUCCUGAGUACUCUGCUGGCAGUCAACUUUGCCACACAAGACUGUUCUGCUGAGAGAUGUCCUCAGUCCGGUUCAUCCUCUCCUAAUCAGGCCACGGCUUCACACACUCUGUUCUCCGCCAAAUCCAAAGGGUCUCUGCGAAGACAGUCCAGAUCAGUGGAAAUGUCUGAGAAUGGGGGUGGUGGGCAGCUGGUGGUGAAGGCUCGAUUCAACUUCAAGCAGAACAACGAGGAUGAGCUGUCGUUCGGUAAAGGUGACAUGAUCCUGGUGACGCGGCAGGAGGAGGGAGGAUGGUGGGAGGGCACGCUCAAUGGCAGGACAGGCUGGUUUCCCAGUAACUACGUCCGAGAGAUCAAACCCUGUGAAAAGUCUUUGUCUCCUAAAGCAACUCAGCUGACCAAGAACUACUACAACGUGGUGGUACAAGACAUCCUGGAGCAUGAGCGGGAGUUUGUUAAAGAACUGCAAACAGUGUUGAGUUGUUACCUGCGACCUCUGCAAGCCAGCGACAAAUUAAGCAGUGCAGACAGCAGCACCUUGUGUGGAAACCUGGAGGAGAUCCUCACCUUCCAACAGGGCCUGUGUUUAGCUCUGGAAGAAUGUACCAAAGUCCCAGAGAGCCAGCAGCGAGUGGCCGCCUGUUAUUUAAACCUGAUGAAUCAGAUCAAGAAUCUGUACCUGAGCUACUGUUCCAGCCACCCCUCAGCUGUCUGCAUCCUCACCAAUCAAAAAGAGGAACUGGACAAGUUCAUGGAGAACUUGGGAGCCAGCGCUCCAGGAGUCCUGACUCUGACCACCAGCCUCAGUAAGCCCUUCUUGAGGCUCGACAAAUACCCAACGCUGCUGCAGGAGCUAGAGAGACACGUGGAGGAAGCUCACCCAGAUUAUACAGAUAUCAUAAAGGCAACAGCAGCAUUCAAGAACCUCCUGUUACAGUCUCAGGACCUUCGAAAGCGUAAAAAUCUAGAGCUGCAGAUCUUGUCGGAGCCAGUUCGGGGCUGGGAGGGGGACAGCAUGAAGAGUCUGGGUCAAGUGGUCUACACGUCCCAGGUUCAUGUGAGGAGUGGUUCUAACGAGGAAAGAGAGGAGCGCUACCUGAUGCUAUUCCCUAAUGUGUUAGUUAUACUUUCUACCAGUCCUCGGAUGAGUGGCUUUAUUUAUCAGGGUAGGAUGGCACUAGCGGGUACCACGGUAACGAGACAAGCAGAAGAUGCAGAUAAUGCUCAUCAUGCAUUCGACAUUACAGGAAGCGUGAUUGAUCGUUUUACGGUGUACUGUAGCAGCACACAGGAGUUACAGGAGUGGCUGGAGCAUCUGCAGCCUUAUACCAAAGGAGGCAGCCCUGCAAGCACCAUCUCAAAGAAUGUGGAGGGCAAGCCUCUGAGCAUGGUGGGCGUCCCCACACACCUGUCCCAUGUGGGCAGUAUCAGCGCUGCCAACCGAGGUCCCCUGGAACCACCAAAGAUCAGCAAGCCGUGGUCUCUCAGCUGUCUGCGUCCUGCUCCGCCUCUCAAGCCCUCCGCUGCACUCGGCUACAAAGAGAGGAUGUCUUAUAUCAUGAAGGACUCCAGCAAGAGCCCACGGCCCAUGAAGAAGUUCCUGCCCGGAAACAGGAGGAAAGAGCGAAAGCCCUCUGAUGACGAGAUUCAGAUCAGAAAAAGCACAGCUGCUCUGGAGGAGGACGCUCAGAUACUUCGAGUGAUUGAGGCUUAUUGCACAGGAGUCUGCGUGCACCAGAACAUCACAGCUGUGCGUAAAGAGUGCCCUCCUCAGGUGCUCCUGCCAGAAGAGGAGAAGAUUAUUGUGGAGGAGAUUAAAAGCAACGGGCAGACAGUUAUUGAGGAAAAGAGCCUGGUUGAUGCAGUUUAUGCUUUAAAGGAUGAAGUUCAUGAGUUAAAAAAGGAGAACAAAUGGAUGAAGCAGUUCCUGGAGGAGGAGCAGAAGUCUCGCAAAGAGCUGGAGAGGCUAGUCCGAAAACUGUCCAAGCAGAAGAACGACAGCUCUUGGGAGGACAGCGGCCACUGAACGCGUCCUGGUUUCAUGGUGCUACGUGUGGGCUGACCUGCACUGGGACAAGUGUUUGUGUGUUUAUUUGUGCAUCUUUGUCGUGUCUUCACAUUUCAGUCUCACGCAGCAGAAUCAGACUCUCAAACCUUGGAGUUUCUUUCUUCAUUAUGAUGAUGAGAUCCGUCUUCCUGAUCCAGCGUCACUAAAUGAGACAAACAAAAACAAGCUUCCUUGUAUGUAGCUGGGCUCCACCACCAUGUUUCCAAAUCUCCUGCCACAUGGUGACUCGUUCCGUAAACUCCACCCAGCAAACGGGCCAGUGUUGGACAAGAAGAAACAAGACAACAAAAAAAAAAAAACACCCAGACUGCUUUAUUUGUGUGUUCAGUUGGAAAAAUGAAAGGAGUACAAAGCCAUCAAGCCUUCUCUUGCAUGCUCUUCUUUCUAAAACAGAACUCAUGACUUUGUCACUGUCAGUUUUUAUUUAUCCAUAAAGGCCUGGGAUCUUUUUUAAACCGUUUAGAUGAUUGUUGCCUUGUGUUCAAGACAUUUUUGUAGGCAUGUCAAACAAGUGAGCUCACCACGGUGAACAGUCUCAAAUGUCUCCGCUGACUGUUUAUUUUAAAAAAACUGCAUCAAUCUACAGUGUUACUAUGAAUUUUGCGUCAGAAAUGUGAUCCUUUUAUUCAGAUAUGGACUUCAAAGCUUCCAGGGCAUCAACACAUAGGAAAAACUUAACUGUGCACUAUUUAUUAGUACAAAAGGUAAUUUACUCUUAUAUAUAUAUAUAUAUAUAUACAAGAAUAAUUGUAACCCAAAAUAUUCAGCUUUUCUUUAUUUUGGAUUAUAAAACAUCAUCUGUAUUUAUUAACAUGAACAUUUAAAAGUAGUGAAAGCCAUAUAUAUGUAGUUUUGUGAGAAAAACAAAGAUCUUUUUUAUCACAAAUGAGGAAAUACUUUAGUAAAAUGUUUGUUUUGAGAGUAAGGAAGGUUUAUAUCUCUUAUCCUGGUGGAUUCUGGCAGAAUUGAGGAAAAGAACGUUUAUAUAUGAGUGUAGAGAAGUGCUCAAAUGUCUAAGUGCCUCCCGAAGGGGUCCGAAAACCAAAAAAGAGAGUUUAAGACCGACUGGGACUAAGUCAGUAAAUGAUCAUCAAAGUGUCGUUAUUGCAGUAUCUUAGCUGAAACGGCUCGAGCCUGAUGAGUGUAUGAGUUGGUACAUUAACGUGGCCUGGCCUCUGUACAUUUCCUCAUGGUUUAGCGCGGAUGCACUGUCGACGCUGUUGUCUGUUCUGCAGAGAAGCGGUGACUGUUAAUGAAAUGCAAUAAGUGACUGCUUUACUGACCGAGCCCUGGCUCAGCCGCCGCCGCAGCAGUGGUGGUCGGUCAGACCUGGAGAACCUGCAAUAACAGAAAUGGACCCAAACAUUUUCAGUCUCUCUCCGCCACACAUCCGACUGAGAAUUAGCCUUUUCUUCAACCAGGUUUCUCAGUUAUUUAACUUAACCCAUGGCCUAGUUUUCCACUUGCAGGUGAUCCAUAGUAGUUCAGAUUGUGAAACAGUGUCUUUGUGGGAAGUGCUGUUUUUUGCACACGUCUCGGUAGAAACCUCAGAGCAGCAUGAGGUUCAUCUGCAGAAGUGUCACCUUCAUGCUUUUAAAGGCACAACUUGCUUUUGAGCUGGAGCUGGUCUAUUACUGCUUUCCAGCUUUUAUCACUUGUUUAUUGCUUAACAUUAUAGCUUGUUUGUUGUUUUCUGUAAAAACUGUUCAUUAAGCAUCACACACUGAAUUUUUUUUUAAUUUCCAAAAUCCUCAUUGAGCACUUACUGGUGAGAGGAACUCCAGUCCAGCUGAAGUUAUAUUUCCUGUGCACUGUGUUGUUUUCUUUCUUUUUCAUUUUAAAGACCGUUCUAUGCAAGUAUUGUAUUCUCUCUCUUACCUAAAAACCCUGUACUUUGUUUGUUUGGAUCUUUUAUUAAAAGUUUAAUAUAAACUUUGAA